AGAAGACCAAGAUAAAAAUAAAAAUGAAAAAAUAAAAAACCCCCGUCGGAUAGCAGGAAGCAGCAGAGCUUACCUUCCAAAAAUAUGGCGGCUGCCUUCUUCACCUCCUCGUCUUCUUCCACACUCUUAUUUCGGCGGACCGCCACUGCGGUAACUUUUGUAGCAUUGAAGCAACUAGGACCAUGUUCCAUCCCUCCUAUUCACUCCCCAUUUCAUCUUCCUCAAAGGACCAUGUCCCGUGUGAGUGCGACACAUGAUGAAGAGGCUUCUGCUAGAGCAGCUGCAACUGAAGCAAACACCGGAGCCCCAACAAUAUUUGACAAGAUUAUUUCAAAGGAGAUCCCUUCCAGCAUUGUUUAUGAAGAUGAAAAAGUUCUAGCUUUUCGUGACAUAAAUCCUCAAGCCCCUGUUCAUGUUUUAGUUAUUCCAAAGCUCAGAGAUGGUUUAACAGAGCUUGGCAAGGCUGAACCAAGACACGAAGACAUAUUGGGUCACCUUCUUCAUGCAUCGAAAAUAGUAGCAGAAAAAGAAGGCAUUGUUGACGGAUUCCGUGUUGUCAUAAACAGCGGUGCUACAGCUUGUCAAUCAGUUUACCAUCUACAUUUACAUGUUCUUGGAGGAAGACAGUUGAAAUGGCCACCAGGCUGAUUGAGGUUUAAACAAUCAUCUCAUUGCUUCCAUUUUCAUUUUCAUUUGGGUGGUUUACAUACCAUAUGGAGGUUGCAUUGUAUUGAGGUGUAUUAACGUAUUAUGUGACCAUUUACCUGACUUUGUUUAAUUUCCCACUAAUAAAACAUCUGUAUAUUCAAAUCCACAAUAAUGAUUUAAUCAAAGUGGAAAUUACUUGCA